AUGGAGAAAGAUCUGGCAGAAAUGAAAGCCAAGCAACACGAAAUUUUGACGUGCGUGCAACGAUUGACGAUUGCGGUUGAAAGCCUUCAAAUGUCGGUAAACUCCAAGAGUAUUGAUAUUGCUGUCAUCGGAGGUUUAAAUUUUAAAACAAAUCAGUAUCUUUCUUCUGUCGAGCGAUUUAACUUGUUCAACCAAACCUGGACCCAACUGCCUCGGUUGAAAAUAGCUCGAUACGCUUCUGCAGCUGUGAUGUUUGAGAAUCAAGUGUUUGUUUGUGGCGGGGGCGCCGGCAACGACCCUGAUACGCCUCUAGAUCCUCUGGAUAGCGUAGAAGUAUUGGAUCUGAAUGAUAAUCCUCCAGAAUGGCACGAGUUUUCUGUCAAUAUUCCGAUCAAGGUCACUGGUCACACGUGCGUCGUCCAUGGGAAUCGUUUGCUGAUUAUUGGUGGCCAAAUGAAGUCAGGUGAGAUAUCGGAUACGAUAUACGAGCUUCUCCUUGUUCCACCAUAUUCAUCCAAGUUGCUUUGUCACAUGAAGAAGAAACGAGCGUACCAUGGCGUGGAGUUGUUCGAUGAUAAGGUUUUAAUCGCUGGUGGAGAUGGAGCGGAAACCGAUGUGGAAAUAUUCGACAUAGCAAGAAAUGAAUGUGUUGAAAUGUCACCACUGCCAUCUCCUCUUUCGUCUAUGGGCACAGUUCGGCGUGGCGACACCAUGCUUUUGAUUGGAGGCAUGAAGAAUAACGAAACCAGCAAUAAGAUUAUCGA